CAGAUCGGAGGAGGAAGAUGGAGAGCAGGCCGCCAAUGCCAUGGUGCGCGUGCGACAGGGCGGGGACGACGACGACGAUGACGACGGCGAUAAAGAAGGGGCCAUGGAUGCCGGAGGAGGACCUCGUCCUCGUCUCCUACAUCCACGAGCACGGCCCCAGCAAGUGGCGCCACGUGGCCGCGAGCACGGGGCUCAUGCGCUGCAGCAAGAGCUGCCGCCUCCGCUGGACCAACUACCUCCGCCCGGGCAUCCGGCGCGGCCACUUCACGGCGCGCGAGGAGCGCGUCAUCGUCCACCUCCACUCCCUGCUGGGCAACCGGUGGGCGGCCAUCGCGUCGCAUCUCCCCCAGCGCACCGACAACGACAUCAAGAACUACUGGAACACCCACCUCAAGAAGAAGAAGGUCGUCGUCGAGGAACAGCAGCGAGCGGCUGCAGCAGCAGCCAAACGACACGUCGACGACGGCGGCAUCACCACCAGUCGUAGUCCCCGCCUGCUCGCCAAGGACGAUAGCUAUGGCUACGACUACGACGCGCGCCCCAGCUGCAGCCUAUCCCUGUACCAUGGACAACGUAUCCAAGCCUCUCAAAGUCAAAUUAGGUUGCAUGAAGAGCGCAUCGUCAUCAUCCCCGCCGGCGCAGGAUGGUAG